CGUGAAGAGUUUUCCCGGGAAAAUACCCGCAAUCAUAACACAGUGCUAGAGUGGUCUUUAAACACAGGCAGCAGGUAUUUAAAAAUUGAAGUACCAAAACCAUCUCUCCAAAAUGUCAGGUUUCGACAGCCAAGGAAUCUUUUUCUCGGAUAAUUUUGGGUCUGAAGAUCCACAAGGCGAUGGAGUCAAUCGUGCUGCCGUCCAGCGUAGAUUCAAGGAUUUUCUGAGGAAAUAUCACGAUGCAAACUUUACAUACAAAUACAGGGAUGAGCUUAAACGUCAUUACAAUCUUGGACAGUACUGGUUGGAUGUCUGCUUAGAUGAUCUGGCAAGCUUUGAUGAAGACCUUGCAGAUAAACUGAAGAAACAACCUGCAGAGUUCCUCCCCUUUUUUGAAGAUGCAGCGAAGGAGAUGGCCGAUGAGGUGACCAGACCACGCCCAGAGGGUGAAGAAGAUCUUGAAGACAUUCAGAUCAUGCUCAACUCUGAGGCAAAUCCAAUAUCCAUUCGUCAUUUAAAGUCCGACCAGGUAUCUAAGCUGAUAAAAAUACCUGGUAUUGUCAUCGCGGCUUCGGCCAUCCGAGCAAAGGCCACAAAGAUCACCAUCCAGUGUCGAGGUUGUCGAAACUACGUGCCCAACCUGUCCGUCAAGCCGGGUCUUGAGGGCUACACCAUGCCCCGCAAAUGCAACACCGACCAGGCUGGCCGUCCAUCGUGCCCUUUGGAUCCGUACUUCAUUGUGCCAGACAAGUGUAGAUGUGUCGAUUACCAGACAUUAAAGCUACAGGAAUGCCCUGAAGAUGUACCUAAUGGAGAGCUACCUAGACAUAUGCAGAUAUACUGUGACAGAUACCUAUGUGAGCGAGUUGUCCCUGGUAACCGUGUAACCAUCAUUGGUGUUUAUGCAAUUAAGAAAAUGGCACCACUCGGAAAGAGAUCUCGUUCGGACAAAGUAGCAGUUGGAAUCCGUAAUCCUUACAUCAGAGUGGUAGGAUUUGAGAUAGACACUGAGGGUCCCGGCCGCAGCUCUGGGGUACCCAUCACACAAUCUGAGGAAGAAGAACUCCGCCGUCUUGCAGCCAAUCCAAACGUCUAUGAAAUGCUGGCCAAGAGUAUAGCGCCCUCUAUCUAUGGCAGUAUUGACAUUAAGAAAGCCAUAGCGUGUCUUCUUAUUGGUGGGUCACGUAAGCGUCUUCCAGAUGGUCUGACUCGUCGUGGAGACAUCAAUCUGCUUCUUCUUGGUGAUCCUGGUACAGCUAAGAGUCAACUUCUCAAGUUUGUCGAGAAGGUUUCCCCGAUCGGGGUUUAUACUUCUGGAAAAGGGAGCAGUGCGGCAGGUCUGACGGCCUCAGUCAUCAAAGACCCAGCAACUCGUAGCUUUGUGAUGGAGGGUGGCGCUAUGGUUCUGGCUGACGGUGGAGUGGUUUGCAUCGAUGAAUUUGAUAAGAUGCGAGAGGAUGAUCGAGUCGCUAUCCACGAAGCCAUGGAGCAGCAGACCAUUUCUAUUGCUAAGGCUGGAAUUACGACAACGCUCAACUCGCGAACAUCAGUCCUUGCAGCCGCUAACUCCGUGUUUGGACGAUGGGACGAUACCAAGGGAGAUGAUAAUAUUGACUUCAUGCCAACCAUCCUGUCUCGUUUUGAUAUGAUCUUCAUCGUCAAAGAUGAACAUGAUGAAGCUAAAGAUAUGAGGCUUGCUAAGCAUGUGAUGAACGUUCACAUGAUGGCUCAAGGAAUGAACCAGCAAGGCCCGUCACAAGAGGGCGAACUCUCCCUCAACUUCAUCAAAAAGUUUAUUUCCUACGCCAGAAGUAAGUGUGGGCCUCGCAUCUCGGAGGCAUCUGCAGAGAAGCUGAAGAAUCGGUACGUGUUGAUGCGCAGCGGAGCAAGAGAACACGAGAGGGAGACAGACAGGAAAACCAGUAUUCCCAUCACAGUCAGGCAACUUGAGGCCAUCAUCCGUAUCACAGAGUCUCUUGCUAAGAUGCAGCUGAAGCCAUUUGCUACGGAGGGGCACGUUGAUGAAGCCUUGCGUCUCUUUCAGGUGUCCACUCUGGAUGCGGCAAAAACGGGCGGUCUGUCAGGGGUGGAAGGUUUUGCAACCCAGGAAGAUCAAGAAGAGCUCAACCGAAUUGAUAAGCAGAUGAAACGACGCUUUGCCAUUGGAUCACAGGUCUCUGAACAUUGCAUUAUCCAGGACUUCUUACGCCAGAAAUACCCUGAGCGUGCAAUCCACAAGGUACUUAAUAUGAUGAUGCGCAGAGGCGAGAUCCAGUACCGUAUGCAACGCAAGAUGCUUUACCGACUCAAGUAAAGAUUUUCAUCUUCCAUCGUGUUAGAAAGUCACCACGCCUAGACUUGUACUAGUCACUAUAGAACAUUCUCACUGAUGUCACGUUUCUUUAGCAUUGCAGGGAGGUCUGCGGUGCUACAGAACUUAACACAUGUAGGAUAUGACUGUGUAGUGUGCCAUCCAUUGGUAUGUUUUGUAGCACAUGUUCAGUAUACUAAGUAGCACUGGUCUUCUGAGCCCAAUGAAUUCUUGGUGGCAAUGAUUUCAUUAGAUAAACUUGCAGUGAUGUAAGUUUUCAAUGACUGUGUUUUAUACGUAUACAAGUACGUAGGAUUUGACUGCGAAUCUUCAUGUCAAAUGGAUGCGAGGUCAAAGGUAUACAUUUGUACGGAUCCGAACAUCCGCAUCAAGGCUGGUAUUUGGCAUAAUUCUUAAGCUUCAAAGAAGGGAAGAAUUUUACAUUUUUUAGUGGUGUUGAGAAUCUAAAAAUAUGAGAAUUAAAAUUUAAGAUAUGAAUAUUCUUAAUUUGUGCUGGACUUGAGUUGUUUUUGAAUUUGGGAAAAAACAGCAAAUAAAAGACUGCCAAAGAGUUUUUGUGCACAAUGCGCAGAUCAAUGUCAGUGCUCGACAGUACCAAUCAGAAUCGAGGAUUUAUUAAAGUGUCCUGCAGUAACUUCCGACCAAUGGGUGACAUUGUGAGAGUUUGAGAAAUAGCCAGUCAUUUUCCAUUAUCUUCAAGUUUGCGCUAAUCCUCAAGUCAGAUUUGCAGAAUGGAAUGGUGAUACAAACCUAUAUUGCAUAUCACUACCUGCGUCUUGUGUGUUCUAUGUCUUGCACCAAGUUUGCUUGAAGAUAAAUACGUUAUCUUCAUUGUUGGAUAAGGGACGACGCAGAAGCGUUAUAUAUUUUCGUUUUCCACUCGCGCUCGUGUGAUAACUUAUACUGUUUACAUCACACUGAGCAAUCAGGCUCUUCCAAGACUAUAUAUUGUUUACCCGGUUUUAAGUCGGUUGUCACCUAGUGUCUUAUAAAAGUAUACCAUUGAAUUGUCAGUAUUGCUUUAUUGACGAAUUCCGUUUUGUUUGUGUAAAUAUUAUUAAGAAUAAAGACCACCUCUGUUUGAAAUCCAUGAAAGACAAAAUGAACAAAUUCAGCAGGUUUUUGACCUUUCAACUGGGACUUUAUUAUAUCAAACGCAUUUUGUAAAAGAUACAGAGUAAUUAAAUACACUGAUGGACGCUUUUGGUAAUUGUCAAAGACCAGUCUUCUAACUUGGUGUAUCACAACAUAUACACAAAUAACAAAGCUGUGAAAA